CACAUCACCCCGCGGACUCGGAGGCGUGCACACGGAGCUCAAAUACAGCUCUACAGACGCGCGCACUUGACUCAUUCGGUUUGUCGCAGCGUACAGUGAGGUAAGCAGAGCCGCGCUGCCCACGCCAAGGAGAACAUGCGUUUUGUCUCGAACCAUAUCCACUCCCGACAUUGAAACAGCGCGUUCGCCUUAGUGUAUAGUGAAGCGCCACUACCGCUACAAUUCCGAUUUUGGUGAAAAAAGUUUUACGAGGUACAACGGCUUGGACAUUUACUUUCCGUUUUGCUGUUUGCGGAGGACGCAUGAUUGACCUGUGCCGGACCAAAAGCGAAGAUUGCAUGAAAGAUCUCAAGGCUGUACUCGGCUGCGCCACACUGGGAGGCUUGCUGGAUAAGCAGAAGCAUCCCUGUGACUCCACAAAAGUGAAAAAACUCCAGCUUCUGUCUUCUACAACGAUGGCCUUGGCCUCCUUCCAUCUGAUGCAAACUCUAAAAAACUCUCCAGCUGCUCUGCGUAAGCGAUUCUGCCGCGACCGCACAGAGAGCCUGUCUCACGGUGAUCCCCUCUUCAAGGUGCACUACCUUGGCACCAAGAAGAUCUUCUCCCUGGAUUUAGAGCAGGCGGAGGAUGCAAUCGAUCGACUCCUGGAUGGGGCCCCUGGGAAGCUUUCUAAAGAUCACGCACUAGUAGUGCGACCCCGAUACGUAGAAGUUAAAGAACUAAGCACUGGAAGACAGCUCACCAAGACCUACUUGCAGGAUAUCGCAUACUGUGCCUCGCACACGGCUAGACCCAAUGUGUUUCUGUAUAUCUGCAGGCAGCCCGGUCAGCAGCUACAAUGCAGAGUGUUCUGGUGCAGUCGGGCAGAAAGGGCAAAGGACAUGACUGCCUGCUUAGCAAUGUCUUUUCAGAGAGCGCUCAACGACUGGCAGGGAGGAUGUGCCACGUUACCGCAAGGGCAAGGAAUCACUAAAGAGCCAGAGAUUCCUGGAACACCCACUGCACCCAAAGGGUCAACAUUGCCAGCUAGUUUGGGAAAAGUGCGUUGGAAGAAGAGGGGGUCGGUGUCCCGCAGUCCUCUCCGUGCCAUUUCCAGAAGAGGUUCUGCAAGUGACAACUGGCACUGAUGUUCCCCAUCCCACCGUGAACUUUGACAACAGUCAUUUUGGGAUGCUUGGGAAUUUCCAGUGUUGAAUGUGAGGAAAAAGAACAACCACACCUACAGCUGAUGGAAUUUUUUUGCAACUCGGGUGCAGAGUCUGUAUCUGAAGCGCCACCUCAUUUGACUUUACCAAAGUGAUAAAAACUUCUAGAUUUCUAGAGAUCAUUGUUUGGUUUAGGAAAUUGAUUGGUUCAGUCACGCUGGUUUAAAUUUCAUCUCAGUUUGCUUAAGGACUAUUAGACGAUACCAAAACUGCUCAUCUGAGCUGAACUGGUGUCUAGUUUUAAAGCCAUGUAUGCAUCACAGAGUUGAUUUUUCAACUCAGUCUGACGUGACUGAUGAGCAGUGAGACAGUUUUUGUUUGUGUUAAAGGUGUCAGAUGAUGAUCUGUGUGGAAAGUGGGUGGAUGCAUGAUGGUAAACAGUACCAGGAUCAGAACAUCAAAGUAACUGCUUUGGAAAACUGUUUCUAUCCCAAAUGCACAAAAGGAAGCAAUGCUCUUUUUCAUAUGGCCAAAACCUCCACACAUUGUUACUGAUGAUUGAAUUGAUAUUCAUCUCUCAACGUGAUCAUUCAUGCUGUAUUAUUUACUGCAUAUUUGUAUACCAACUUGACAAUCAGCACUGGUUGUAAUUUAGCAUUAGAAAAAGACAGAGGUACUGAUUCUUGUUUCUGGUUGGUCUAUAAUAGCCAUAUCCAUAGUUUGUAAAGCUUUGAACUUGAAGCAUAGGUUCCAAACAGGUUAAGAGGAAUGGAGUUAGUGAUGUUGCUGUGUGCUCUUAAAAUGAGAGUGUUUUCUCCAAGCACCUGCAUUCCAGCAAUUUUUUUUAGGCUUUUUUCCGUAACUGCAAGUUGUUUCACUACAUCAGCCCAUUUUUGUUUAAGAAGUCACUGUUUCCAGGCAACAGCUUAGGACAUCAGAAUGCUGAUUGAUUCAAAGGUAUUCUUGCAUUGAGCAUCAUGUCCUUGGAAAAAAAAGCAUCUUUGCACUGCAGUUAUGUGGAGUUAUAAAUCACAUUUUUAAGUGGCCUAGUUGCAUAAACCAAGUAUUUGAAACCAGGACACCCAGCUUCACAUGAAUAGAACAAUCAAGAUUUCCUAGUAGAAAAGGUCCAGCACCAUAAGUGGCUAUUUGCUUCACACUGUUACAUACGCUCACUAGAGAAUUGCAUUAUAUAACAGUACUAUACAGUCAGUGCCUCGUGGUAUAAAAAAUUCUGCCUGAUGUUGUGCCAAUUACAUCAAAGGAUUUUUACCCAUUUUAUCCUUAUGGAUUUUAUUUAAAGUCAUAUUAAACCGUAUCUCGUACUACAAUGACCUCAGAUCUGUUCUUGGAUCUGUUCUGUCUGCUUUAUGAGGUGUUUAAUGUUCUAUGAAUGUUCUUGUACUAUUUUCAUGUACGUAUUUAAAUAUUAUAUGUAUUUUAUGGAAUAUUAAACUUUUUAUACAUGAAA